AUGUCGUCGAUGCGACCAGCGGGGCACACGAAGAAGGACUCGGAGCCCUUCGGGAAGAAGAAGCUUGGACGGAAUGUCGAAGUGUUUAUUGCGCGGGAAGAACAGCUCUCCACGGCGAUGAGGAACACCAAGGUAUCCAACCACAUCAAGGGCAGGGCCGUAUGGGAGGACAAGCAGGGGAAACGGGGCGUCACAUACACGCGCCAGCGAGUGGACAAGCAAAUCACUGAAGAGAUCGAAAUGGCCAACCGCGAACUGCUUGCGAUUCGAUCCGAGCGCAUCAAGGCAUACUACACCAACUGCUACAUCGCGAUGCCGUACCAAGUAGUGCCGGGCCUUGCAGUGAUCACGCUGGCGUUUACCCUGACGGGCGCGGGCAUUGGCUUCGUCAACCGUUGGUAUGCCAAGGGAAACCAGAAGAAGCUGAUCUUGCGAGACGACUGGGAUCAUUUGCUGGACGCGCGUGACAAGCGGCUCAAGGAUCGCGCAGCAUGGGAAGCGGUGCUUGAAAAGGAACGACAACAACAACAUUAA